UCAAGCGGAGCGUUCGGUUCGAUAGGUUGCCCCUAAAGAAAGUCAGUCGGAAGUCCUCAAAAGUGUCCCUUUCACACACAGAAACAGAGAGAGAGAAAAGGGAAAGUGCGCGCGAAUUUAAAUAUUAAUUGAGUGUGAGGCAAACUAUCGGUUGGUCCUCUGUGCUGAGACAUUUUCGAAGAGCAGCUAAGCAAAAGCCGCAACAAAAAUCCAAGCCGUCUUUCGAGGCCACAAAGUGAGAGAAACCAUGAAAAAAUCGGAAACCAAAACUGCGACCAACAAUGGCAGCGCCGCCGGAGCAGCUCCAUCGGCAUCCGCCGCCGCCGAGGCAGCCGCCGCAGAGCCAACCAAAGCCGAACUCGAGGCUGAAUUCGAUCCGAACGACAAGGAGCUGUGCCAUGCCGCAUUGAAGAUUCAGUCGACAUUCCGUGGCCACUUGGCACGCAAACUGGUGAACAAGGAUGCGCCCGAGGACGAGGACAUCCAGGAGAUCACCAAGAAAGUGGCCGAGGAGCUGGACAUUGAUUUAACCGAUCCCGAGCUUAACAAGGCGGCCACCAAAAUCCAGGCCUCCUUCCGCGGCCACAAGACACGCCGGGAAGCCCAGCCGGAAUAAGGAGAACACUCAAACCGGUUGAAUUUUGUUGGUCACGGCUGGAGCAGCGCAGUCACAGAUGAAGCUUAAUUAAAUGCGUAAUAAAUAAAUAAAUACAAAAAUAAAAAAAAAAGAAAAGAGCAAAAAAUUUGGUAAAUUGUAAAUGUGUAAAAGGCCGAUCGCGAUGAGGGCACACAGUUGUAAACUUUUAAGUGAAUGUGUUUUAACCUAAAUGGCAAAACCGAAACCAAAAUGAUUCUCAUAACAAUUAUAUUAAAUGUAAUUUAACGAAAGUCGAGGGCAAAGUUAAGUAUGAUUUGCAAAGCUUUAAUAAAUUUAACAUUUAACAAAUAUAAUGAUUCGACAUACGGAGUUAUUCUAUCGACUUGAUUGAUUAAACGUCAAUUUUCGUUAAUUAAAACCCAAAUUCAACUUAACUUUUGCUUUUGGACUUUACCAAUUAAUCCCAAGACAGUAACUAAAACUAAACUAAAGUUACAUUUUCAAUGACAAACUUAAUGUUACAAAAAGAUAAAUAAAAGGCACGAUGUUCCAUAAAAUUUAUUGUAGGAAACAAAAAAACCAAACAAAGACAAAAAAUGCAAGGAAAAUGCUGAACAAUUUUUGGGAGAUCAUUUUUCCACUUUGUCUGGCCAAUGCCAAAAGUAAACAAUUAAAGAAGUAAUAAUAAAUUAAACAAAAAGAAAAAGAAGAAAAAUGUUAAUUGUACCUACAUGCGUAUGAACAUGAAGUAAAAACCAAAGAAACUCAAUGUUGUUUCAGAUUAAGGCAAAUUAGGGGUACCCAAGCAACGUGAAGCAGCUUCGAGAACGUCAACUCAACAAUUUUUCAGCCCUCGGGGCUAUCUAUAUAGUAAACUGAUGAAUGAAUAAAUGAACUUGAUGAAAACUAAUCUGGUGGCACAAUUUUGUUUUUCUACCAAGUGUAUUACAUAUUUGUCUACUCAAUAAUUGAUCCUCAGCAAGGAAACUGAAAUACACACACAUAUAUAUAUAUAUAUAUAUAUAUAUACAAA